AUGGGAUUCGAAGGUAGUGCCAAUAAACUUGGUAUUGGCAUUGUGAAAGAGGAUGGAACUAUUCUAUCGAAUAUUAGACAUACCUAUAUAACACCACCCGGUGAAGGAUUUCUUCCAAAGGAUACCGCUAAGCAUCAUCGGUCAUUCAUUAUACAGUUGGUACAGAAGUCGCUGAAGGAAUCUAAUCUUACACCUAAAGACAUCGAUUGUUUGGCGUACACAAAAGGACCGGGUAUGGGUCCACCUCUGAGAUCGGUUGCAGUCGUUGUAAGAAUGUUAUCACAACUCUGGUCGAAACCAAUAGUGGCAGUCAAUCAUUGUAUUGCGCACAUAGAGAUGGGUAGAUUGAUUACCGGUGCCGUAGAUCCAACCGUACUAUACGUCAGUGGUGGAAACACUCAAGUCAUUUCAUAUUCUCUCAAGAAAUAUCGUAUCUUUGGUGAAACUAUCGAUAUCGCCGUCGGUAAUUGUCUCGAUAGAUUCGCAAGAGUCAUAUCUAUACCAAACGAUCCAUCACCAGGAUACAACAUUGAACAAUUAGCUAAAAAAGGAAAACAAUUUAUAGAAUUACCUUAUGUUACAAAAGGAAUGGAUGUAUCGUUCUCUGGAAUAUUGUCGGCAGUAGAGAGUAUAGCAAAGAAUGGUUUCAAGUAUGAUAGUACCGAUAGUAGCAAGGUUUGCACUAUGGAAGAUCUCUGCUAUUCAUUGCAAGAGACGGUGUUCUCUAUGUUGGUGGAGACAGCGGAGCGUGCCAUGGCACAUUGUGGUCAAACCGAGGUAUUGGCAGUGGGUGGUGUCGGUUGCAACGAACGUUUGCAACGUAUGAUCAAUGAGAUGGUAGAGCAACGUAACGGUAAAUCAUUCGCUAUAGACGAACGUUACUGUAUUGACAAUGGUGCAAUGAUUGCAUGGGCAGGCUAUCUCAUCUUUAAAAACGGUGAAACAACACCUCUAUCUGAAACAUCAACAACUCAAAGGUUUAGAACUGACCAAGUAGAUGUAACAUGGAGAGAUUAA